GUGAACUUGGACAGUCACGUGUGAAGAACUCCGCAAGUGUAGCAGACUACGGGACGGCGACUUCUCACCUGCGUGUCCUUUUGACUUUUCCGAGAGGGAGAUAUACCUGCCAUUUGUUGUGAGGCCUGUCAGACAGUGACCCUUCUACUCAGCGUUGGAUAUCUGCACCACCUUCUCUUCCCCGAGGGUGAAAUAUGCCCUCUCUGCGCCCGUGAGGACAAGCAGAAGACAAGCGCUGUAAAGAAGACUACAACUCAGUUUUAAAUCAUGAUGAUGCAGGAGUCGGCCACAGAGACAAUAAGCAACAGUUCAAUGAGUCAAAAUGGACUGAGCAGCCUAUGCAGCAACCAAUUAGAGGCUGGCAGUAGAGACGCCAGAUCAAGCGGCUGUGACACGAGCAGCGAAGUAAGCACAGUUGAGCUCCUGCAUCUGCAACAACAGCAGGCCCUACAAGCAGCGAGGCAAUUACUCUUGCAGCAGCCAGGCAGUGGCCUGAAAUCUCCAAAGAGCCAGGACAAGCAGCGUCCACUGCAGGUGCCAGUGUCGGUGGCCAUGAUGAGUCCCCAGGUGAUUACCCCACAGCAGAUGCAGCAGAUCCUCCAACAGCAGGUGCUCUCCCCUCAGCAGCUCCAGGCCCUGCUCCAGCAACAGCAGGCUGUGAUGUUACAACAGCAACACCUGCAAGAGUUCUAUAAGAAACAGCAGGAGCAGCUCCAUCUGCAGCUCCUCCAGCAGCAGCACCCCGGGAAACAGGCUAAAGAGCAGCAGCAGCAGCAGCAGCAGCUGGCCGCCCAGCAGCUCGUCUUCCAGCAGCAGCUCCUGCAGAUGCAACAGCUCCAGCAGCAGCAGCACCUGCUCAACAUGCAGCGCCAGGGCCUGCUGUCCCUGCCAGGGCCCGCCCCCGGCCAGGCCGCGCUGCCUGGGCAGGCCCUGCCCCCUCCAGGAGGCCUCAGUCCCGCAGAGCUGCAGCAGUUGUGGAAAGACGUGACCGGAGGAGGGGGACACGGCCUGGAGGACAACGGCAUCAAACACAGUAACAGCACUGGUCCAGGGGCAGCGGGCGGGCUGGACCUCUCCACCAACAACACCAAUACAACUACCUCCUCCAAUCCAGCCAAAGCCUCACCUCCCAUCACCCACCACGCCCUCGCCAACGGACAGUCACCCGUGCUCAACCACAGACGAGAGAGGGAGCGAGAGCGAGACAGGGAGCGAGAGAGUUCACUACAUGAAGAAAAUGGAGGAACCCACCCUCUUUAUGGUCAUGGUGUGUGUAAAUGGCCCGGCUGUGAAAGCAUCUGUGAGGACUUUGGACAGUUUUUGAAACACUUAAACAAUGAGCACGCCCUCGACGACAGGAGCACAGCUCAGUGUCGAGUCCAGAUGCAGGUCGUGCAGCAGCUGGAAAUUCAACUUUCCAAGGAACGUGAGCGUCUUCAGGCGAUGAUGGCCCACUUGCACAUGCGGCCCUCAGAACCCAAGUCCUCUCCCAAACCACUAAACUUGGUGUCUAGUGUCACCAUGUCAAAGAACCUGCCCUCAGCGUCGCCCCCUAACUUACCUCAGACACCCACCACGCCCACAGCACCCAUCACGCCCAUGGCCGCUAUGCCACAGGUGCCCUCGGUGCUGGGAGGGGCCAACGUGCCCAGUAUGGGUGCUAUGCGCAGACGUCACGCAGACAAAUACUCCAUGCCUCUGUCGUCAGGUGGUGACACAGUAUUUAUUUUUCCAGAGAUUGCCCCAAACUACGAGUUUUAUAAGAACGCAGAUGUCAGACCGCCUUUUACUUAUGCAACCCUCAUAAGACAGGCUAUUAUGGACUCUGCCGACAUGCAGUUAACGCUAAAUGAAAUCUACAGCUGGUUCACGCGCACGUUUGCUUACUUCAGACGCAAUGCUGCCACCUGGAAGAACGCUGUCCGCCACAACCUGAGUCUGCACAAGUGCUUUGUGCGAGUGGAGAACGUGAAGGGCGCCGUGUGGACUGUGGACGAGAUGGAGUACCAGAAACGCAGGUCACAGAAGAUCACAGGGAGCCCUUCACUUGUCAAGAACCUGCCCUCCAGUCUCGGUUAUGGAACUGCAUUAAACGCCAGCUUACAGGCGGCUCUGGCAGAGACCUCCCUCCCUCUGCUCGGUAACCCUGCUCUGAUGAACAGUGGCUCCGCCGGGCCCAUGGGCUGUCACGGGCUGCUGGGUGGAGAUCCGUCUGGGCUGGCCGGGAGCCCCCCUGGCCUCUUGGGGGGCAGUCCUCCUGGUCUGUUAGGAGGGAGCCCGCCUGGUACUCUGAGAGGCAGCCCCCCCUCUCUGCUGCAGUCUGCACACGAGGAGCUCAACGGGACCCUCGACCACCUGGACACAAACGGACACUCCAGCCCCGGGUACUCCCCACCUGUACACAUGCCUCCGGUUCACGUGAAGGAGGAGCCUCUCAACAUGGACGAUGAGGACUGUCCGAUGUCACUGGUGACGACAGCCAAUCACAGUCCAGAGCUGGAGGAGGAGCGCGACCUGGAGGAGGGGAACUUAUCGGAGGAGGGCAGGACCUGGAGUGACUAGGGCCCGUGUGUGUGUCCCUCCACCGGCCACACUUCUCACAGACCUCCUAAAACCACUCCACACAACCACAGUGACUCGCACCACUCGGACUAUUUAUUGAGCAUGCAUCCGGAUGGAGACUGUCCCCAGGAACUGUCCCCAGGAACUGUCCGGCAGCCCUCUGGACAGCCCAAACACAGGCAUUAAAUGUCUGACAAACUGACUCUGUUACAGAGAUGGCGUGGCCACACAGGAUAAAGAUGGACUUAUGAACGGGAAAAACGCAAAUGAACAAAACAUGUUGAGCUGAAAGCUAGCGGCCUCAUAUACUGCCAAAAAGGAAGACGUUUUAUGUUUGUGAAUAAUCCAACCCACAGUAGUUGUUAAUGUCUAGAGACAAUUGCUGGUUCAAUUCAAGUUGUUGCUCUGUUCUCAUUUGCACAGGAGUAGUCUCAGAUUUUGUGUCACUGCCUGUAUGUUGCUAUUAUAAAACAGUAUUAUUAUUAUUUUCAGCUUUUUAUUAUAAUUUCCAGAUACAUUUCAGCACCACCAACUGUAAAUGCCAUUCCCCAAACACAGAGCGGCGGUACCAAGACUGUUUUUGCAGAUGUCCAAAAAAGAGACAAAAAGUGAAAAAGGGUUAUCUUUAACAUAUGAUCGAUUUAGUCAAAAAGCUGAAGGAAAAAUAACGUUUAACAAACCAUUUACAAAACAAAUGCAUUUCUGCAUCCUUUUCUCGCUGUUCUUCUUACCUCCUUGUUCGAAAGCUUUGUCUACCUGCAAACAGUCACAGGCAACAGCUAGAAACCAAAGCCAACACUAGCAAUGGCCAAUAGCUUAUCCACAGAAGCCACCAAACUCCACUUGGUCCGUCUUCUGUAACUUUAAACUAGUACAAAGAAGAAGAAGCUUUGUUCCGCUAACUACCUUCGACAAAACCUCUGGGAUCGUUUCAUUUAGCCCUAUACAAAGACAAAGAGAGAGGUACCAUUUUGAUGUGUAAUUUGACUGUCCACUUGGGAG